AGUGAGACACAGAGGGAUAUGGAUGAUCAAAUUACAGAAGUUUGUAUUCCUUUUAGGUGUGUCAAGGUUUUUAGUGUAAGACACAGACGGAUACUGAUGAUCAAAUUACAGAAGUUUGUAUUCCUUUUGGGUGCUAAAGUUUUCAGAGUAAGAUACACAGGGCAUAGUGCUGCUGUUAAAUCUCUGGUAGGGUGUGAAUCUGAAGAAGAUGUUAUAAAGUUGAUUUCAAAGAUUCCACUGUAUCUUUCCAGCAUUCUGUGGGCGUGCAGAGAGCGCUAAAUCUCCAAAGAAAAUGUUAUCGUCAUUUAUCUCACGUAAACAAAGUGCCAGUUCGGACUCAGAAAAUGAACCAGUUUGUGAUCAUAGUGGGGCACUCUUAUUACCAAGACUGCCUUUGAAGAAAAAUUAUAUGGUUUUAUUUGAAACCAAUUCUAAUGAAAAAGAGAACAGAAGAGACUCCAAGCCUAGUUACCCAGUCUCUCAUUGGACAAUGAUAUUCACUCCAACUAAAGUCGAAAAGAUCAAGAUCAUUGUGGAGCAUGUCAUAAAAAGCAAUAUACAUUUUGCUCCAAGUCACACCUUAUUAUGGUGGAGGGGUUUGAGUGUCCCACUGAUCCUAAGAGCUGUGCUGUCAGGGGCUUCAUGCUUCUGGUAGGUCCAAGAAAGACAGGUCCUAGGUGAGGAACCAGACAAAGUGCAGCCCAACAACCCCUUAUGACGAGUAAACCCAAUGGAAAUAGUGUUCCCUCGCCCGGAUGCGGGCCACUGGAGCCCCACUCUGGUGUCAGGCCUGGUGGACGGGCUUUAAUCAAUGGAGCCCAGCCAGGCACAGCUCAAAGAGGAAACAUGGGUUUCCCUUCCCAUGGGCUUAUCACCUGUAGAAGGGGCCAAAGAGGUCAGGCAGGAGAAGGCAUACUUGCUGCCCCCCAUCUUGGAGCCUGUACUUUGGGGAUUAUCCCGGUGAAAGAGAGGAUAACGUUUAGGUCUUCUUGUGAGACCUGAAGAGGUGUGGUUGGGUGAUGGGUGAACAGUGGUGGGGGAUGAUGCCAGUCAGACCUGGCAGGCCCACAUGUAUUAUGAGAGCCUGCUGGGAACCUCUGGUAGAGUCUCCCAUGAGACGCAGCUUCAACUCCCACCUCUGGCAGAUCUUUGUUCCGGGGGACCGUGUUCCUUCUUGGCUGGAUCAAUCUCCACUCCACCCACCUUUGUCAUUAUGUCCUUGGUGAAGACAAUUCACCCACCUUGCCUGCUGGUGGUGGCCUGUACAAGUACAAAACCAUUUACCAUAUCAUUUACAGGAGACAAACCAAUUAAAAUGGUUCAUGAUAAUAAAAUCAAAGAUAAAUAGUAACACCUGCUUUUCUUUUGGAUGAAACUAAAAUAAAAAAUACAUCUCGGUCAUCACAUUCACACAUUGUCUGACUGAAAAAAUAACAGUUUUGUUUUCUAUGUAUGGAUCAACAAGUUCUAGAGUUGUUAUUCUUUUGUGAUGAAUACAGUGUUACAGGCUGUCUGGAGGUUGGACCUUAGCUCUGUCCUCCCCCAGGAUCCAACCCGCCAACAGUGUUAUAUAAACCUUUGUGAGGUUUGCAGGAGACACACCUGGAGUCUGCAGAUUACCUGAGACACGAUGAAGAUUGUUCUGUUCUACCUGAUGUUGCUGCUGGUCGGAUCCGUGUCCACGGAUCAGCCAGCUGAGUCGAAGGACCAUGGGUCUUCUUCAGAGGAAAUCCAUGAGGUUUUGAGAGAGAUGACUGCCUCACUGACCAAACUGAAGUGUGAAGUUGAUAACUUAAAAGAGGAGAAUGCAGACCAAGAAACCAAGCUGGAGGCUGAGAUCAACAAGCUGAAGGACCAGCAGCAAAAGCAAGCAACAAAGUUGGAGAGUCAAGAGGCUGAGAUCAAAAAGCUGAAUGGGAAACUGGAAGGCACUCAGGUGGCUUUCUCAGCUUAUUUGUCUCAAACUACUGUCACUCUUGGACCCUUCAACACUUUCACUACUCUGGCCUUCAAGAUUGUGAUGACAAACAUUGGAAAUGCCUACAAUAAAGAAACAGGUAUUUUCACUGCACCUGUGAGAGGAGCCUACCACUUUGAGCURCAUGUAGGCKKAYMUGGAGRUUCAAAUCCUGUUGGAGCUGUGAUUACCAGAAAUGGACUUUCCUGA